AUACGUAUACGCGUUUUGCAUCUACAUCCAUAUCUCCUUCGUCUCCCUGACACUUCCUACCGCUUCUGUAAUUUUCAGUUCCUUCGUCCUUAUAAGCGUUCUUGACCACAAGGUUCUACUUCCAGUAGCGUUGUAGAUAUUUCGUUUCCUUUACAGAAGGUAUAUGCCGUAACAAUGAUGAUCUGGUUUAUUAUUGUAAGAUAGAAAUUUCUAUUGGCUUUGUUUAAUUUGGCAAAGCGUGUUAAUCAUGUUUGUUAUGACCCUAAGUUCUACGUUUGGUGUUUGAAAUUAAACUACUCUGUUUCAGUCAACAUGAUUUGUGGUCUUUUGAGAUUUGAUUGUGUCAUGAAAACAGAUUGUUGGUUUCUUCUUUCCUGCUUUUGGUAUGGGAAAUUUGUAUGUAUUUGAUUCACUUGUGUUGAGAUCCUCAUGAAUUUCUAGUGGUAGGAGAUGAGUGUUUAGGUUAACAUCAGUGGAUAUUUGGCAAUAAUUUUUUUUUAUCUACGGGUCUUGUAUAAUGUAUGGUUGAGUAGGUUUCUUGGGAAUUGAUUGCGUCAUGAAAUCAGAUAUUUACUAUUUUCUUUCCUGAUUUUGGUAUGAGAAAUUUGUAUGUAUUUGACCUUAUUUAUGUCAAGCUCCUCAUGAAUUUCUAGUGGUAGGAACUGGAUGUUUAGGUUAACAUCAUAUGAUAUCUCACACCAAAUUUUCUGGCCCCAAGGGUCUUGUACUCUUGCAUAAUGUAAUGGUUGAGUUUUGUUUUUGGCCUAACAACCGAUUACUAUUUGUCAUUGAUGCCAUGUUCUUGUUUGCAUAUAGUUGAAAGCUUUAUAUACUUCAAGAGUCCUCUAUAUUGUAUUGCAAAACAGAUUUAUUUGUGUGCUAGCAAAACUGUGAUUGUGAUCUCCAUCAUCAAACGCAAAAUUAUCCUUAUAUGUUAUUUGUCUCACUUAAUUCAGAAAAGCCUUUGCCUACUGAAAGUGAGGAUGCAUAAUUUCCAGCAAUCCCAUGCUUGAUGGAUCAUUUUCCUACCAGCAACGAUAAAAAAUCUUUAAAGAGGUGGUUUUUCAUUGACAAGAGGGUCGGCUAAAGAGGAUUGUGCUGACUGGCAGUGAAAUCGACUAUUCGUUAGCAUCUAAUUCAAAUAUAUCAAACAGCUGGUCGGGACUAGAUGGAUCUUAAGGCUAAUCACACUGCCCCCAUACUCACUGAUCCUACCCCCAUUAACAAACAAAGAUUAGGAAUUCAUGAUUCGUUGCUACCAUGCUCCCCUGGCACAAUCUUCUCUCAAGGCCUUUUUCUUACACUCCCAUGGAAAAAGCCUGGAGUACUUGAUGAUGUUCGAUCUACUGGUUGGUUGGAUGCCAUGAAGUCCUCCUCUCCCAGGAAUCGAGCCAAAAAUAAUGGCAUUGAUUUUUCAUCAAAUGAUGUCGAUGUUGCUUACCGUGAUUGGAUGCUCAAGUAUCCAUCUGCACUUGCAGCCUUUGAACAGAUUGCAAAUAAUGCAAAGGGGAAGAUAAUAGCAUUGUUUCUAGAUUAUGAUGGAACACUAUCCCCUAUUGUGAGCAAUCCAGAUCAUGCCUUUAUGUCUCAUCCUAUGCGUGCAGCUGUGAGAAAUGUGGCAAAAUACUUCCCAACCGCAAUUAUUAGUGGAAGAAGCCGUGAAAAGGUACGAAAGUUUGUAGGACUGAAAGAACUCUACUAUGCUGGUAGUCAUGGGAUGGACAUCAUGGGUCCUGUUCGGCCUCCAACUGACCAUACUACUGCUACCGUAAGGUCCACUAGUGAGGAGGAUAAAGAUGGAAACUUGUUCCAGCCUGCUAGUGAAUUUCUACCAAUGAUCAACGAGGUUUUUGUGGCCCUUGUUGAUAUAACCAAAGACAUAAAAGGAGUAAAAGUCGAGGACAACAAGUUCUGUGUCUCUGUGCACUACCGUAAUGUAGAUGAGAAGAGUUGGCAAACAGUAGCACAAUAUGUCCAAGACACUUUGGAACAGUAUCCACGUCUACGAUUGACACAUGGGCGAAUGGUUUUAGAGGUUCGCCCUGUGCUUAAGUGGGACAAGGGAAAGGCUGUCGAGUUCUUACUUGAAUCACUUGGCUUGAAUAAUUGCGAUGAUGUUCUUCCCAUAUAUGUAGGGGAUGAUAGAACCGAUGAAGAUGCUUUUAAGUUUCUAAGAGACGGUGAUCGUGGUUAUGGUAUCUUGGUGUCUUCUGAACCCAAAGAAAGCAGUGCAUAUUAUUCUCUCAGGGAUCCAUCAGAGGUGAUGAAAUUUAUGAACUCAUUGGUGAUGCAUAAGAAGUCCAUUCCAUGAUGAGGUAUAUAUAUUCUUAGAAAGACGAUAUAAUAAAACAGGGGCAAACGGGGUUUGGAGUAAAAAUAACCACUUCUCCAGGUCCUUAUCGGCAAUUGUAAAUCACUUUUUUUUUUUUUUUUUGUAUUUUAUUUUUUGUAACUAUAUUUCUUUUGUAAAUUUUCAUGGCAAUUCCAUUAUUGUCUAUAUAUGUAUAUGUAUCUCCUUUU